UGAUCCAGCAAUUUCGAUCUGACCUUUGUUGAAAUUUCGGCGACGUUUUUCCUUUCUUCCGCCGUGUUCCUCACGAUACAGAGAUGAGGGAAAUCGUGCACAUUCAAGCUGGACAAUGUGGCAACCAAAUCGGUGCCAAGUUCUGGGAGGUGAUCUCUGACGAGCAUGGCAUCGAUCCGAGCGGCAUCUAUCACGGAGACUCGGACCUGCAGUUGGAAAGGAUCAACGUGUACUACAACGAAGCGUCCGGUGGGAAGUACGUACCGCGCGCGAUUCUUGUCGAUUUGGAACCUGGUACGAUGGACUCGGUGCGGUCGGGCCCGUUCGGACAUAUCUUUCGACCGGACAAUUUCGUGUUCGGUCAAUCCGGAGCGGGCAACAAUUGGGCGAAAGGACAUUACACGGAGGGCGCGGAACUGGUGGACUCGGUGCUCGACGUGGUGAGAAAGGAAGCGGAGGGCUGCGACUGCUUGCAAGGUUUCCAACUGACUCAUUCGCUGGGCGGUGGUACCGGUUCCGGUAUGGGCACUCUAUUGAUAUCCAAGAUCCGCGAAGAAUAUCCCGACAGGAUAAUGACCACGUUCUCGGUGGUACCAUCGCCGAAGGUAUCCGAUACCGUGGUCGAGCCGUAUAACGCCACCCUUUCGGUCCAUCAACUGGUCGAGAACACCGACCAAGCUUACUGCAUCGACAACGAAGCGCUCUACGACAUUUGCUUCCGCACGCUCAAGUUAUCUACCCCGACAUACGGGGACUUGAACCAUCUGGUGUCGGCGACGAUGUCGGGAGUAACUACUUGUCUCAGAUUCCCCGGACAACUGAACGCCGAUCUGCGGAAGCUGGCGGUCAACAUGGUUCCGUUUCCGCGUCUGCAUUUCUUCAUGCCUGGCUUUGCGCCGCUCACCUCUAGAGGAAGCCAGCAGUACAGAGCGUUGACGGUUCCGGAACUCACUCAACAGAUGUUCGACGCGAAGAACAUGAUGGCGGCCUGCGACCCCAGACACGGACGAUAUCUAACGGUGGCAGCGGUGUUCCGUGGUAGAAUGUCGAUGAAGGAGGUCGACGAGCAAAUGCUCAACAUUCAAAACAAGAACAGCUUUUACUUCGUCGAAUGGAUCCCGAACAACGUGAAAACGGCCGUUUGCGACAUUCCGCCUCGCGGCUUGAAAAUGUCCGCCACCUUUAUCGGCAACUCGACUGCUAUCCAGGAGCUGUUCAAAAGAAUCUCCGAACAAUUUACCGCUAUGUUCAGGAGAAAAGCUUUCCUUCAUUGGUACACCGGCGAGGGUAUGGACGAGAUGGAAUUCACCGAAGCCGAGUCGAACAUGAACGAUCUGGUCUCGGAAUAUCAGCAAUACCAAGAAGCCACCGUGGAGGACGAGGGGGAGUUCGACGAGGAGGAAGAGACCGAGAAAUGAGGAACGAGAAACGAGACGACACCUUUCUAUUCCUUUCGGAAGCCAGCCGACCGAAGCCACUGCGCAAAUUCCUCGUCGAUCCCAUCCGUUCGUUCGAUCAAACGCCACCACCGCGAAAUAUCCAGUUUCGCGAGCGAA